AUGCCUCAUGACCGCCGUCACCCAGAUCUGCAUUCAAUCGUUCCACCACGUCUUACGAUGUCGCUUGGCCUUGUGUUACCACCGUCACAGCCUGCUUGCUCCCAACCGCACCUCGCAGCAGCUGUCUCUCUGGUUUUCUCCCUCCAAUCUUAUGGUGGAUUGGCCUCGUUCAUCCUCUUCAACGCCUAUACUAGCAGUACCACGUCGGAUCUGGUGCAAACAGAAAAGAAUGCAUGCGGCUUUCAUCAUUCUCGAUGUCCUAGAUUUUUGAAGCCCGUGAACGAGACAAUCCGAGAAGAUCAGAGAAGAAGAAAGAGUCCCAGACUCUAA